AUGACAGAACCAAAUAAUAAUACAAGUUCACUAGCAGCACAACCUGUUGCAGCAACAUCAUCAACAGCAGCCACAAUCAAUAACACAACAGCAACAACAAUAACAACAACAGCACCAGCAUCAGCAGCAACAACAACGAUUUCACCAGGAACAGCAUUUUCCUUAAUAAACUCAAACCCAUUAUUAAAUUCAGUUGAAGAUAAUGAUUUAUUAGUUAAAUCUAUUGCAGAAGGAUACUCAAAUUAUCUUGGUUUUUCACAAAGUACAAAUGACCAAGCUAAAAAUAUUGAUGAUACAAUUGAAUAUAUGUUAGCAAGAUUAGAUGAGUUUGGUGCUUUUGUUGAAACUAUAAAAACAGAUACAGAUAAAACUGAUUCAAAACUUAUACCAUUAUUAUUUGAAAAAACAAAAGAAGUUCAACAAUUUUUCCCAAUUAUCGAUAAACUAACUGAAUUAUCAUCAGAUAUUAAUAAAAAUAUUUCAAUAUUAGAGGAUAGAUUAAAUCAAGCUGAUAGACAUGUUUCAAAUUUAACUGGAAAGAGCAACCCAUUAAAAUGGGUUUUAUCUCAUAUUCAAAAAGAAGAAGAUAUUUUGCAACAAAUUAAAAAUUCACAAGAAUCAAAUAAUAAUAAUAAUAAUCCUCAACUCAGAUUUGAACCACUCAAAAUUCAUAAUACAACUGAAUUCUUUAAACAAGUUAGAAGUCAAGCACAACCAUCUAGUACUAAUGCUACUACUACUACUACUACUUCUAAUAUAACGCAAAAUGAAACAUUAAAAAAAGAAUAA